CCUUACGCAUACCACUUCACUGUCGCAGACGGCAAAGAUGGCUGGCCGUAAGAGGAAGACGGUACUUAAAAGCCCUAAGGGGAAAGAAUGUGCGCGGAGUAACAUCAUAUACUUCGACGAAUCUCCCGAUGAAGACGGGCCCUCAAACAGCGCCUCUAAAGGCACAAACAUGGCCUCAGCAACCACAGGGAAAGCAUCAGAAGCCUCAUCCAGCAAGGCCGGCUCACAGAACCCUUUCUCACCCUUCUCCUUAUCAAUAGGUCCAAGACCAAGAGCGCAACCGCAGCCACAGCUACCGAUCUUCUCCAGUGGCGACUUCCCUCAAGCAGAGGCGAGAUCACUUCCUAGCAAUGAUGUGAAUAAUGAGAACACCGCUCCUCAACCCCCGCAGGACAUCCGAAAAAGGUCGUUUACAACGAGCGAAAAGUGUCAGGCCAUAGAAAUGUGCCUGUCCGUCAAAGAAGAGUACGUCGCUAUGACGGCAGCGCCCAAUUACGACCAAGCGCCUUUCUGGACAAAAGUCCUGAACGAGAAACUCGAUAUUAACUUGGCUUCCAAGUUUAAGAAUUGGAAAAAUCUCAGGGAGUGUGUUGAAUGCUGGUGCAUGGUGCGACGAGCGUUGCUCCGAGAAGGCCGCUUGCCGGCGGUCUCUCAGGGUCAACCAGAGUUAGAUACUCUGGUUGACUCUUGGAACAAAGUUUUUGCCCAGCGUUUCUGUACUAUGUAUAGAGGCUACUUUGAGAGCGCCACGGUAUCACAGCUCCCUAUCCGUUCUGCUGUUCCCUCGCCAAUGGCCAGCAGCAAUCAAAACGCAUUGCCAGAACCGAACGAGACUGUGACAGGCAGGAAAAGAAAGAGUGUCGAACCUGUCCCUAGAAUCACGCCUACUCAUGAUUCCCCUCAUCUCGGCCGAGGUACGCCCAACAGGAACGUAUUCGACAAUCAGCCAAAGCGGCAAAGGCAGCGAUCACCUUCAAGAGGACCCCCGGUACUACGAACUUCAGGAAGACCAUCUUCACCAACGCAAGGACAAAGUCGGUCCGCCGGCAGCUUCUCUAGGGGACACGAUUCACAGUAUCCCGACACAUGGGUGGCGAAUCGGGAUACCAACCGCCGUCUUCAACCAAGAGGGUUUCGGGAGGACACUGUCGAGUUUGAUAACAUGUCAACUCGACGACAGAACCAGCUAAUAAGGACACAAAACCGGACCCUCCUGGAAAGGAUCGAGGACUUGGAGCCUCGAUCCGAGGAGGGGCUUCCAAUUGGGAGGAGGAUGCGAAGAUAAACUUGCUAGAGAGCCCUACGGUUAGGUAAGAGCUGCCUAAAUCUUUUCAUCACUAAGGCAAGAGGUCAUAAACAUUUUGAUCACCUCGGAUAGAGGUCUUAUCUUCUCCGCUGGCUAGGUACCUGAGGUGAUAGGAACAGCAGGGAAGCUUCUCAACAAAUACAGAUUGCGAAGAAUUGAUGAUACCAGUGGUUGAAGCGAAAAUAGGAACCGAUAUAAAUUCG